AUGCAACCAUCUUGCAAUCGUCUGAGUCCAUCGUGCUUUCAAACUCGUACGACAAGUUCGACAACUUCAAGUUUGCUGCAACAGCAACAGCAGCAUCAUCAUCAACAACAGCCUCAAUCCUUCUAUGGACCAGUUACAUUGCAACCAUUUACUGUUUUGCAUCCUUCUUGUAUUUAUUCUGCUCAAAGAAGUACUCCGAAUGCAGCACUUAUGACACAUCAAGGUGGCGAAUGGCAAACGAAAACUAAGAUCCAGGGAACCCAGGGAACCCAGGGAGUGAGUUUGAGGAAUCAACGACAAAUUUUUUACUCCACAAAACCAUCGUUUCCUUUUGAGCAACAGCAAAUAAAUUCUCAUCUUCCAUCAUCUCCGUCACCGUAUCUUUUUGCCGCAUCAAACAUUUGUCAUGGACCAUAUUCCACUGAACAGAAUAAUUCAGGAAUUGUUAUUUCUCAACCUUACUACAAGCCCCCUGAUGUUCAAGCUCUUUGUCUCGUUCAAGAUCGACAGUUCAUCACCCAACAGCAAACCCACCAGUACAAUCCCUAUUAUAAUCUCAGCUCAACCCUACAAACUGUAACUGCUAACACAAAUCUUCAACUUCCCACUCAAUUAACUCCCUAUCCACUCACAAAUCAAAUGUUUCCAAAUCCUCCACAAAAUUCCAUUUUCAAUCCACUGAAAGAUAAUCGAGCAAUGGAACUUUCAGUGAAAUAUACCAAAACUAAACCAAAUCACUCAGCAAAGUUUAUUAGUCGAAGGAACGAUUACGAAGAAACCAAUCCAUCAUCAGACUACAGACAAUUUUGUGCCGAAGUACAAAACAAAGCCAAUUCAUCCACAAAGACCCAAGAUGAACACAUGUCUGACGAUUCAUCAACAAGUUUCGAUUUUACAAUCGAAGCAGAAAAAAUGGUAUCCGCACUCUGUAACACAUCCUCAAAUGAUUUGGAAAACUUCGACAACAAAAAGAAUGAAUCACUAUUGACCGGAGCUGGAGACAUUGGUUUCAGCAAAAAUCUCUCCACUAACACUAUUGAACUAACAGGAACUUCGAUUGCCAUUCAAACACAAGACGAAGAUAUCGCCAAGUAUCCUGAACUAAUACGUAAAACCACCAUUUGGGGAUGUAAUCAAGCCGAGAAUUUACUCAAUUCAGGUAAAUGUCAUCGAACCACAAAACUCGAUUGGCUAAUGAAUUUAUCAAUAGCCACAAGAACUGCCAUCACAAAAUCAUCCACCUGUUUCUCAAUUUUCGCCGGUGAUCAAGUUCUCAUUCAAGAUCUAAUUAAUUCCCUCCUAAGGAUCAGCAACGGUUGGUUGAUUCUCGAUAAUUAUCUAAAUAAACAACACACUCCCAGUCUCAAUGACAAAUACGAUCGGAAUCUAAUAAAGAGUUUUCAAUGUUGGGAGGGAGCGACACAUGAACUUUUACAAAAUGUCAUCAAUACAUUUCUUCUACUCGAGGAGAAAUCCGAGAAAGAGGAAAUUGAAACAUCUGGAACACCGGGUACGUUUCCUGGUGAUGUUUCAAUUUACACCACCAGCGAUCUUUUGGAACCACCAAUUAAAUUCAAUCUUGCACCUGGAUCGGCAGUAAUUUCACCAUCGCAAAACUUUCAAUAUGCUGUCGAUCAAAAAAAGGGGACAAAACCAAAAAGCAAAUGGACCAUCACAGAGAGUAAUUCGUCGGGUAAUUCAGGUUCAACAUCAAAGAAACUCGAUUUUCACAAUAAUGAUACGUCCCUAAAUGCCGAAUUUUUUCAUCUCAAGAGCAAAAUUUUAGAAGAGAAAAAUGCGAAUCGAAAUCGUAACCAAAUUCUGAAAUUUUCAACUAACACACAAUGUGAGACAAAAAAAACCCCGACCGCAAACGAACAAAUUGAUUUCGAAUCAAUUCCAAUCAACAAAAUGACCCUUUUGAGUCAAAUCGAACCGAGCAGUUCGGCAUCAAAAAAAGAGGAAAUGACCGCAAAUUUAUCCGCCUGGUUCGCUAGUAUGCGAAAUUCCAAAUGCGAGAGUAAAAUCAAUUUCUCUAGAAACUCCAGUCAAGAGGGACAAUCAGCUAGAGACAAAAUGGAUCUCACCAGACAACUUCAAUUGGACACAAAUCGUCAAUUAUUAUCCCUUCAAAAUAUGCAGAGUAUACAAAGUGCCCCAUGGAAUGCAAUGAAUCUAAUCAACAAUCACAAUGUACAACAACGCGAUGAGUGUGACAGUUCUGAGGACGUUCGUAUCUACAUGAAACCAGGAAGUUACAAUGUCCCGAAAAAGAGACACCAAAAACGCUCUAAUCGAAAAUCAGAUAGUUCUCGCUACGGACAUCGUACAUCAAACAAAGUAUUCUCAAUUCCAAAAAAUGAAAACUGCAAAUUGGAUCAAGUGGGGAACAAAUGUCAGCAAGGAACAAAUGACGUCACAUGGAAGGCUGCUUGUGCUUCGGCUGAAGUUCUACUCGAGGCUUUGAAUGUUAACGAAACAUUGAAUUUUGAGCAACAAAAUAUGAUACUGGAGCAAAAUCAAGAAAGGGAGGUUCCUGAAUGUCAGAUGUACGGUAGUAAUCAGACACUUAGUAGAAACUUCGAGAAACUGUUGCUAAGGGAAGAUGCAUCGAAAAACGAGUUCAAAAGUAGAAAAUGGUUUUGCAGUGAGGAAAUUCUGAACGAGGAACAAACAAUAAAGAAAAAUGUAAUGUUCAAAGAUUAUCAGAUUUGUCAUCAUCUGAACGAAAUGAAACAAACGGACAGAAGUCGAGGGCCAAAAACGAUGAAUAGAGAUAGAGAUGUACAUCAAGAUAAAUUACCGAAUCAGUUCGAGAAGAAUCCACUACCUAAAAAUUACAAAAGAUUCGGUAAAAAUGAGGAAAUCAAUCAGCAACUCGACUACAUACCUUACAAACAGGAUUUUUUGAGAAAAACUCAGGACUUUGCCUUUGAGCAUCAGGAUCUGAAGAAUUAUGUAACAAUGAAAAACAUAAACGUAGAAGAGGCUGUAGGGGAAGUAAAAAACGAAAAUUCGGAUGUCAAGAGUGAAAUUAGAGAUCGAAAUCAAAUCACCAAUUUAGAACAAACCCUGGAAAAUGUAACAAUUAAAAAAGAACCUCGAGAAGAUGAAUUGAACAAAUGGAAUCGGAUAAAAGAGGACCGCAGUCAAAUCUCAAAGAAUGAACUCUCUCAAAUAAUGAACGAGAAAAUAAUUGAGAAUAAUAAACAGAUAAAGGAACUGCUUAAAGAUCAAAUGAUAAGAAAUCAGAAUAAUCAAGUAAUUAGAAAUCAAAUCCGUCGUUCGAAGAAACGAGAUGAGAAAAGUAACAACGCAUCAAGUUACGAGGCAUCUGAAGACGAUUCCGAACCAUCGCCAAAAACAACCCGAAGUCUAAAACGACUGACAGACCAUAAAACUACAAAAACUAGUAAAACAAACGUAAAAACCGAUUCAUGGUUAAUUCGAACACUAAACAAUGCCAAUAAAACUCGAGACGAGAACAAUCGUUCAAGUACCGAUUCUCUAAAUUCAUCAAUUCACGAAGACGACGAUCUUGAAAAACAAUCAAAUCAAAAAGAUCUUUUUCCACCAUUCACAAAAAUGAUGUUCCUAGAGAAUCCUUCUGAAAAUCAGGCAAUAUAUUCAGAAGGUAGGGCGACAUAUUCAGAAACAGUUCGUCGAUCAACAAAUCAAACAAAAACCUACAAAAUGCCAAGAACUGAUCGAAGCACAUCAUUAAUAUUUGAUUCAUUUCAAUCUGGAAAAAAGAAGGAGGGUGAAAAAUCUUUGUUACCAAAUCAAAGAACACGUAAACUUGGUGGCAAAAGAUUAGCCAAAGAUAUCGAGACCGAAGCAGCUGAUAAUCUAAAAAAUAAAUUUCUCAUCAAUGAAACGAAAAGUAUUCAAAAAACAAAUUUUGGCAGAGGAAGAAGAAAGGAGAAUAUGAUUUUGGAUAGUAGACAUCAUAAAUCGGAUAGGGGAUGGUCCGUAUGGUAUAGUUCAAGAAAAAAACAAACUUUGAGUCCAUUAGCUAUGAGAAAAUUGGAAACAAUUUAUCAAACUAUUUGGAAAAUGGACGAAGCGUGUCUUUUCAAAUGUCCAACGGCUAUUGGUGGAAAAGAGUCACAACAAAGAAUGAUUGAGAAUUACAGUAAAAUUGUAAAAAUUCCAAUUUUUCUGGAAACAAUCGAGCAAAAAUUGAAGAAUCGAGUUUACCUCAAAGUCGAGCAUGCAAUCAAGGAUUUUCGAAAAAUCGGUCACAAUUCCAGAAUUUAUUAUAAGAACGAUAGUGAAUUUUCGUCAAAAAUUGAUUUACUAUCGAAAAAAUUGGAAGAACUUAUCGAGGAACAUUUUUCAAAUUUUGAUUUUGAAAAUUUAUCAAGUGCCGGUGAUGACACAUCUCCAGUUUGUCAACGUUUCAAAUUACAAAGUCAACGUAAUCGAUGUAAUCCCAGUAAAAAAUCAAUCACAGGAACUGACAAGAUUAAUACAACGAAUGAAAAUUUAAAUUAA